AUGAAUAUAGAUAACGAUCAAUGUAUAAAAUGUAAUGUGGAGGGUGAUUAUUUCAUGAAACUGUGUGUUUUUGGAAAAUGUAAAGGGGUAGGUGUAACAUCACUAAUAUUAAGAUUUGUUGAUAAUGUAUUUAUAGAUAGCAAACCAGCAAUACCAAACGAUGUUAAAAUAAAGGUAUUAGAAGAUAGAGGAAUUUCAAUAAAGAUUCAAAUAUUCGAUACUGGGUUCAAAGAUUUUAAAAUAAACUAUUUAAGAGGUGUCCAUGGUUAUUUAAUAGUCUACGAUAUAACGAAUAGAGAAAGCUUUGAACAAAUUAGAAACAUCACACAAGAUCUAAAGACAUAUGGUAAUCAAUACACCAAAGAAUGCUUCAUUAUAGUGGGGAAUAAAUGCGAUUUGGAAAGUGAUAGGCAAAUUGAACUUAAGGAAGCUAAAGAUUAUUUUGAAUCUAUAGGCAUUGGAGAAUCUUUCUACGGAGAAGUCUCUUGUAAAAACCCAAUAAAUAUAGACAACUCAUUUCAAAAACUAUUUAAAAAAACUUCAAAUAUUUUAUACCCCCGAAAUCUGUAA